AUGUUGAGUGGUUCCGGAUCUGCCCAAAUAGACACUUCGUACGACAAGGCAUGCGGUGGAGACCGUCGUGGUAGCGCUCCUGCGACUCCGAUUCUUGGAGGACGAGCCAUGGAUUCCACUCCGUCACGCAUUGCGAACUUUUUCUCGAAGCGCUCGUUCAAGACGAACCCGCUGAAAAGGACGAAAAGCGUGACGAAGCUGGAACGGAAGAAAUGCAACCUCGAUGCCGACAGGUGA